GCCAGUUUUUCGGCGCCACCAUCCUGAUCGUCGCCAUCUCUGUGUCCUUCUCGGCCUUCGGAAUCAUGUUCCACUUCCACGAGCUGAACUUGAAGAAGCCGCCAGCCAUCCUGAAGACGCUUCUCUGGGUGCCAGGAUACAGGAUAUGGGAGCGCUGUGGAUCUAACAAGAAAAGUGUCGACAUCAAGGAUGACAGGCCAGACUCUGUGGAGUCAGACAACACCGUGGAGGGAUUUGACGAGCUGACACCCGACCGGAAAUCCUUCAUGGUCGGACACGUCAUGACUCACAUGUCCAAGAUAGACAAGAACUUACAGGCCAUCAAGGACACAGCCGAUGAGAACCAGGAACAGGAGAGUCUUCAGGAGGAGUGGAAGUUUCUGGCCACGCAGCUGGACAAGGUGCUGAUGGUCAGCAUCCUGCUGGUGUACCUCAUCGUCUCCGCCUCCAUGUUCCUGUCCCUGCCGCCGGGACUGCUGCGGUAGACGCCGGGACUGCUGGGUUAGACAUCGGGACUACUGUUGGGUUAGACAUCGGGGCUGUUGGGUUAGACGCCAUGACUUUUGGGUUAGACACUGGGACUGUUAUGUGGGUAACAUAGGCUAUUGUUAGAUUAGACACGAAGACGGGUUGGUUAGAUAUCGGGAUUAUUAGGAAAGAUACAGGGACUGUUGGAUUAGGCGUCAGGUCUGUUGCGUUAGACAUCAUGACACACCGAGACUACUAGUACUGUUGGGUUAUACAUCAUGACUGCUGUGUUAGACAACGGGACUGUUGUGAUAGACACCGGAACUGUUGUGUGACAUGUAGAUACUGGGACUCCUGCAACUGGACACCAGGACUGUUGGAUUUACGCUGAAACUGUUGGGUUAGACACCGGCACUGUUGGGUUAGACACCGGGACUGUUGGGUUAGACGCCUAAGCUGUUGGGUUAGAUGUCUGGACUGUUGAGUUAGACCCAAGGGCUAAUGGGUUAUUAGACACCAUGCAUGCUGCGUUAGACGCCGUACUUAAACGGUACAGAUAUAGACCGCAUUUGUUAUAGAUUAAUAUUGUACAUACGUGGGAAAAUUGAGAAAAGAAACACUGCAAGGGCGAUGUAGUCUACCUUCUAGGAAGGGUUUUGUCUUCUUGUUGCGUUUCUGCGAAGGAAAAGACUAUCGAUAUAGUUAAAGUUUUGAUAUGUUUGUACAGAACCUUUGAUAUUGUAGUGAACAUGCUGUGAUCCUGUGUCAGUGUAGAAUAGCAACAUUCAUUUUGACAGAAAAUAUAUGAUGAUAGGUGUCUUCAUAAAGACAUUGUUACGUGAUGAAUAUUGUGCAUUUAGUGUUGACUGACUUGAUGUUGACGUUCAUAUUUUAGAUGUAAUAAAACUGGAGCAAAAGUACAUAAAUGGCAACCAUAAAAUCAUAUCAUGUGUAUAUUAUAUUUUCAAGGCUUAUCGUGUACAUGUUUAGCAACUAGUACUAAAUAAUGUUUGUACAUAUCAUGAUGUAGACCUGUUUGUUAGUGAUUAGAUUUUUAUUGAUCAUGUUGACCGUACUGUCAUGUUAU